UAUAUAUAUGUAUAUAUUUCUUGAGAUGUAUGAUUGAAGUUAUUGAAAAAAAUGUAGUUUUUAAUUAAAAUCUUAUGUACUUGUCAUAUGUUUGUAUAUAAUUAACAUAAAUUUAUAAUUUAAUCGAAUAAAUAAGAGAAAAUUGUUUCGAACAAAUUAAAAUCUAUGACAUAUGAAUUAUUAAAGUGCCUUUAUAAUUGAUAUUCAUAAAAUUUAUAUAACACCUUUUAAUAUAACUGAUAACAUGGCUGAUCCAACGAUACAAACAUUUUGUUGUCGCCAUACGAAUAAAACGGAUAUGGCCAUUAAAAUAAUGGAAGAAUUUAAUACAGAUAUUUAUAAUAUAGUAUGCAUGCUUUCUUCAACAAUGGGUAUACUUGGAGCUGUUUAUCAAGUAUUGCCUAGAGAAAUGUCUAAUCUCCCUCACCGAUGGAACAGUUUCUCAGCAUCGAGGGGACGUGAGAUUAUUGUAUGGCUCGCUGUUGCUGAUUUGUUUGCCUCAUUAGGUAUAUUUAUACGUUCUGCGUUAUGGAUCAAUUUUAAAUCUAUCAUGCCGAUGGAAGAUGAUACUUCCAGUGUUGUAUUCUGUGCUCUUUCUUCGGCAUGGACACAAUACUUUUACAUGGCAACGUGGAUUUGGACACUAUGCUAUACUAUCGAUAUGAAAUUGUUACUUAGUGAUAGACCUGGUCGUCCUCUUUAUUAUCACAUGUUUGCAUGGAUUUGUCCUGCCUUAUUGACAAUUUUUGGUUUGUCAAUAUUAUACAUUCCAGAUGCGAACUGUCAUAAUUUAACGUCAUUAUCUAUCGCCAUAUUACGUAUUUUACCUAAUUAUUGUGCUACAUAUGUUUUACUCGCAAUCGUUAUGAUUAUAAAUCCACUUCUUUACAUUGCUUCAACUCGUGAUCUCAAAACAGCUGUUACGUGUAGUUUAUCACAAAUUACUGGACGAGAAAGAAAAUUGGUUCAAACGAUCAGACUUAAAUUUACAUUGAUUAAUAUUGUUUAUUACGUAUGUUGGGUACCAAAUUUAAUCAAUGGUAUCUUAUUAUGGACACUAUGGUUUAAAUUACCUGUUAAAGCUAUUAUUACUUUGUGGUACAUAAUGGCUGUGACAAAUCCACUUCAAGCAUUUUUCAAUGCACUGGUUUAUCAGAGAUGGGGCAGAAGAGAAAAAUUUCGAUUGGAGUGGUGUCAAAAAUUAGGAAGCUUUAGUUUAAAUCAAAUGUCAAAAGUUAAUAAGGGUAUUAAUUUAACGGAAUCAUCGCCAUUGUUAAAUCAAUACGCUUAUACGCCUCAUACGAGUAUAAAUGGGUCUUCCUCGUUAUGAAACAAAACUGUGAUACAAUUUUCAAUGUACUGCCAGAAAUGUUGACUAGUUACGAUGAAAAUAUCGUAUUGUACAUUUUUAUACACGGGACGUAUUUACAAUAUCAAGAUUAAGUGUGCUUGUACUUAUAUUUCAUUUUAAUCUUAUCGAACAAAUAUUAAGGACUAAUAUAAAACAAUGCAAUAAUACUGCCAGAUAAUAAUUAUAAUUAAAUAUGGUAGAAUGCAUUUAUGUAUA